AUGAGGCCUUCUGCCGUGCGGUUGCUCAACAUUUUAGUCCCUAUAAAGAGGGCGGUAGACUAUGCCGUGAAGAUCCGUGUAAAUCCUGAGCAGACGGGCAUCGACCUCAAUGUUAAACAUUCCAUGAAUCCAUUCGAUGAGAUUGCUGUGGAGGAAGCCGUUCGGAUACGAGAACGCCUCAAGGACGCAGUGAAAUCUAUCAAGGUAGUCACCAUUGGUCCACCAAAGUCCGCAGAGACACUCCGUACCGCACUCGCCAUGGGUGCCGACUCUGCCAUCCACGUCGAAAUCCCCGAAUCUGCUCCGGCUCCAGAACCUCUCGGUGUUGCGAAGACUUUGAAGGCCCUCAUCGAACGACAGAAAGAGGGUGUGGACGUAGUCAUCAUGGGUAAACAAGCCAUUGAUGACGACGCUGGCCAAACUGGACAAAUGCUCGCUGGCCUCAUGGGCUGGUCACAAGCAACGUUUGCGAGCAAGGUCGUAGUGGACCCAGAGCAGAAGGUUGCGAACGUCACUCGCGAGAUCGACGGAGGCCUUGAGGAGCUUAGGUGCAAGCUUCCUGUCAUUAUAACAACGGAUCUUCGGCAAGUUCAUUUACAACCACGGUAUGCCUCGUUGCCCAAUAUCAUGAAAGCCAAGAAGAAACCUGUGGAGAAGUUGACGGCUACGGACCUUGGAAUCGACCUCACCCCUAGACUAGAAACCAUUAAAGUCACAGAACCUCCAAAGCGUGUUGGGGGUGGCAAGGUGGCAAAUGUUGACGAGCUUCUCGCCAAGCUCAAAGAGGUUGGUAUCACUGGGAAGCGUGCAUAGUAGUAGCUUUUGUGCUCCCGCACUCACCUGCAUCACGAGUUGUAUAUCGUGCUAAGUACUGAGGCUUCUCAGUAAUAAAUGUCAUUUUCUAUGUGUCGUACAGUACAAAUGAUAGCGGGUGAUUUUGAUAAGUUGUAUGGACGGAUGAUACUCAGCAGCAUUAUAAUAGGCUGGAAAAACAAGGAUGAAAGGAUGAAAUUGCUACAUGCAUCGCAAGACAAGUUUGUGACGAUCGAGAUGAAGGGAAGAUGGUGCAAGAGAAAAUACCGCUUAAUAAAGAAUGCGCACCAUCACGCAGCUGCUGGCUGGGGCAUUGCGGUUGAACUCGAAGCGGACGGUUCGGCGGAUGGGCUAGUCUCAUUUUCGACGCC